CCAAGCAAUGGCAGAGGACUGUGAUUCUUCAUCCUUGGUUCACCUCAAUGUGGGAGGAAAGAAGUUUUCCACCACCGUCGGUACUCUAACUCAGCGUCAACCCGACUCCAUGCUUGCUGCAAUGUUUAGCGGUCGACACACUUUGCGCCAAGAUAAGAAGGGAUAUGUUUUUAUCGAUAGGGAUGGCGAACAUUUUCGGCACAUUCUUAACUGGUUAAGAGACGGUGAGGUUCCUAAAUUAGAAGCUUCCCAAUAUGCAGAACUUGUUAAGGAGGCAAAGUACUAUCAACUACUAGGGUUAGUUGAUGGAAUACCUGAUGUCCUGAACAGUAAGGAAGAUAAGAAGUUGGAUGCAGAUUUUACCCGUGCCGAGGUUAUCGACUACAUAUAUACAAAGAAGUGGUCUAGAGGCGUGGGUGGUUGUACGUAUUAUUUUCGAGGGGUUAAUCUUUCUGGCCGUAAUCUUUCAAAACUGGACCUGUCACAUGUCAAUUUCGGCUAUGCAUGUCUGAGAAACGUGUGUUUCUCAGGUGCAAAUAUUCAAGGGUCUAAUUUCAACUACGCUGAUGCUGAAGGUGCUACCUUUGACAGUGCAAAUUUGCGUAGUUCUACUUUUUAUCAUGCAAAUCUUCGAGGAGCUUCUUUUGUGGGUGCUAAAAACUACGAUCUCGUUGGGGCAUCUUGCGUGGAAGAUUGUAGGCACUGAAAGUUAUCCUCGACAAUGUCGAUCAUGUUAGAAGUGCUUUAGGGAUGCUAUUGGAAUCUAAUUUUUAUUUUCUUUAAUUUAAACCACUUGCAAAGGGUUGAUGUAU